AUGCAGUAUUCUGUUUUUAUUGCUACCUAUUUGGACAAGACGUUGAAAGAUAAGUUAAAUUCCCAUGUUGGGGGAGUUAAUAGUGCUCAUUACCAAGCUGUCAAAAAGGGUAAUGAUUUGUUGAAUGAAAAGCAACACAUUCAAAGUGUUUUUGUUAAGCAAUCAAAUCAAGAUAAAAUUGACUAUCGGAUUCAAUUAAAUGCAAUAGUUGAUUGCAUAAGAUUCCUUUUAUGCCGAGGAUUAGCUUUUCGUGGUCACGAUGAAUCUCAAGGUUCAAGUGAUAAAGGAAAUUUCCUUGAGCUUGUACAAUUUUUGGGGGAUCACAAUGAAUCUAUCAAUGAAGUGUUGCAAAAAGCUUCGAAAAAUUGCAAGCUUACCCACCCUGACAUUCAAAAAGAUAUUGUGAAUGCAAUUGCACGUGAAACAUCCAAAGCCAUCAUCAAGGAUCUCGACAAUGGGUUCUUUUCAAUAUUAGUUGAUGAGUCACGUGAUAUCUCAGUGAAAGAACAAAUGGCCCUCGUUCUUCGUUAUGUGAACAAAGAAGGAAUUAUUAUAGAGCGAUUCCUUGGUAUUGUACAUGUAGCAAGUACUACCGCUUUGUCACUCAAGCAUGCUAUUGAAUGUUUACUUUGUGAACAUAAUUUGAGUUUAUCGAACCUACGUGGGCAAGGUUAUGACGGGGCUAAUAAUAUGCAAGGUGAUAUCAAUGGUCUCAAAACUUUAAUUUUGAAAGAGAACAAUAAUUUAGUAACUGUUGUUGGAGGCUCUUGUAAGAGACGAGAUGCUCUUCGAGAUACACAAUUUGCCAAGAUUAAAGAAGAUUUAGAGAAUGGUGUACGUAGAGGUGGGCAAGGUUUGAAUCAAGAGACAAAUCUUAAACGUCCUGGUGAUACACGUUGGGGAUCAUAUUAUGGGACCAUUCUUAGUUUGAUUUUGAUGUUCUCUGCUGUUGUUGAUGUACUAGAGAUUAUUGAAGAAGAUGGCCUCUCCGACCAAAAAGUUGAAGCUCGAUCUAUUAUGAGUAAUUCAUUUGUGGCUUUCGAUAAGGAAAAGUUGAUACGUCUAGCUAAGUUCUAUCCCUCUGAUUUUCUUGGGAUAGAUAUUUUGGCACUUGACUCUCAACUGCAAAAUUAUAUUUUUGAUAUGCGCAGCAAUGACUUCUUUUUAGAGCUUCAAGGAGUUAGUGAACUUGCUGAAAAGUUAGUGAGCACAAGAAAACACGAGACUUAUCCAUUAGUCUAUUUGCUAGUGAAGCUAGCUUUGACCCUUCCAGUUGCUACUGCAACAGUAGAAAGAAGUUUUUCAGCAAUGAAAUAUGUUGUGCUGGUGGCUCAGCUAUUGUAUUGGAUUGUACAGUUUAUUGGCCAUGAGAUCUUUGAGGCUCUUCAGACCUUCUUUGGUUAUGAGCCAUACUCAGGUUUUCACGCGUUAGUGCAAGCAAAGAUAGAAGCUGAAAUCAAUGAAUGGCAAGACCAGAAGCAGAAAUUAAUUUCUUAG